AUGAUGCGAGACUGGAUCUACGGCACAUUACGGAGCCAUGGGGAGAUUUCUGCUUUUGAGCACCUCCGUUUGGGUCGCGGCCUCGGCUCCGCAGGUGGUCGUCGUAGCCUCCAAAACCCCGUCAAGAUCAACGCCGCCCUCCAGGGCUUCUCGCUCAUGUUCCCGCUCUCAAUCUACACAGCCCACGGCAUCAGCGUCCCUUCCGGCGUCCCGGAACAACCAUUCUCCGACGCGGAGACUCUCCUCGGAGCGCAAAACCGCGUCGAGAACGCGCGGGCCGCGCAGCCCGAUGCGGAUUACUGGAUCGGUCUCGAAGGCGGGGUUGCGGAGCAGGAUCUCGGGGACGGCGACGGCGCGUCGUUGGCCAAUUUUGCUUGGAUCGUGGUCACUGAUAAGCACGGACGGACGGGAAAGGCGCGCACGGGGGCCUAUUUCUUGCCCAAGGAGACGGCCAAGCUUGUGCGCGGUGGGAUGGAGCUGGGGCAUGCCGACGACUUGGUCUGGGGGCGGUCGAACUCGAAGCAAAAGACUGGCUCCGUGGGGCUGUUGACGGAUAACGUCAUUGACCGGACGGCGUACUAUGUCCAGGCAGUCGUAUUGGCCCUCAUACCUUUCAGGAAUACACAUCUUUCUUUUUAG